AUGAAGUUAACCCUCACAGUUCUUUUCUUAUGCUCUUUUCAAGCGAUGUCAGCUACUCAAAAUAAACCAAGCUUUAUCCUAUUAAGUGAUGUUGCCUCUGCAGAUGACGUAGAAGCUCAGGAAGAUGCUGCAGAAGCAGCAAUUGUUGAAAAGAUUAGAAAACGUUCUGACUGGUAUAUGCCUCCAUUUGUUGUCACUAUAGAAGAUCUUAAGAGGGACAUUGAAGACUACGUUGUUCUUGAUAUUGAACUAGAUGGAGAUGAGAUGGUUGAGAUUCAUGGAAGAACUUACAAAGAUGAAGAUGUUGAAGACAAAAUACAAUUCUAUAAAGACCAGAUUCAAUACCAAGAAGAAACAGGCACCGUAUUGCUUGUGGAAACAUCAGGAGUAAAAGCUUAUGCAUCAAGAGAUUCGCCGGAAGCUGAAGAAGUUAUUGCUGCACAACUGCAAAGACCAUAUAUCUAA